GUGUGUGUGUGUGUGUAGGACUAUGUGGUGAGUGUGUCUGAGGAGCUGGUGGAGUAUAUUUCAGAGGGCUGCUUGGCUAUUGAGGUGUGGGGUCACCGCUGUGCUGGAGACGGCAUCGCCCCCUUGUGGAAGCCCAGCGCACUACAGGCCAAGACACGCACCCUGCAGGACAGGUGGAGCGAGGUGUGUCGGCGUGUUGAGAUGUGUGUGUCCAUUGAGGAGUUGAAUGAGCAGGGAGAAUACUCACCAGUAGAACUACAGCCCACUAAAGAUGUCAACACAGGAGGCGUCUUCCAACUCAGACAGGGCCAGUCUCGGCGUGUGUGUGUGUGUGUGCGACCUGUUCAGUCUUCAGGUACUCUUCCUCUGCUGCUGGAGGCGGUCACCAGUGUGUGUGUCGGGUGUGUGUGCGCUCGCUCCACCAAGCUACAGCGCCCCCUAGACAGCUACCAGGAGGAAGAUGUGGAUAUGGAUAGUUAUCAGGAAGAUGACCUGAACUGUGUUCGUCAGCGUUGGUCUGAUGCUCUGGCCAAGAGAAGAGAAUACCUGGACACACAGAUACACAGAGUCAUUAACAAGACAGAGAAGUGUGAGGAGGAUGUUUGUAGGGAGGCGGGGCUAGUGGAGCAGUGGGUGUGGCUAACGGAGGAGCGGAACGCCGUAUUGGUGCCCCAACCAGGAAGUGGCAUACCAGGAGCACCAGCACACAGGAGUCCUUCUCCUGGGAUGGAGGUUCACACACCGGUGCUGUUACUGGACCUCAAUGAUGAUUUAACUGGUCCGGCUGUAGCGGGUGUGAACUCCAUUCUUCCUAAAGAACACGGAAGCCAGUUCUACUACCUACCCAUCAUCAGACACAGCAGUGACGAGGUAUCGUGUGUGUGUUCGUGGGAUUCCUCCAUCCAUGACUCCGCCCAUCUGAACCGAGUCUCCGCCCCUAAUGAACGCAUCUACCUCAUCGUCAAGGCAACCGUCAGCAUCACACACCCGGUAACCAUGGAGGUGAUGCUGAGGAAGAGGAUAGCAGUCAACAUCUACAACAAGCAGAGUUUCACCCAGAGUUUGAAGAGGCGCAUCUCCACGAGGAACACGCUGCAGUCCUGUGGAGUCACAUACGAGAUAGUAGCCAACGUGCCCAAGUCUUCUGAGGAGAUUGAGGAACGAGAGACUUUGGCUCUGCUGGCGGCCCGAGGAGAAGAGGCGGAGCCAAGCGAGCAGGCCGGCCAAUCAGGAUCCUACAUUGAGAAAUACACACGAGCAGUACUGCAGCUGGACAACAUACUGUCACUGGAGAGACUACGACAGGCCGUCAUGGUGAAGGAAGCGGUUGCUGCUAAAAGUCGACAAAUCAGGAAAAGCCUCAGCAACAGCAGCGUCCAACACUCUUCGUGCUGCAAAGGAGAGUUGUCUGGAUGUGAGGAGGAGGACUUUAAGUGUGAAGGUGUGCAGGAGAUGUCAGAUUGUGUCUUCCAGGAGCCCUCCACCCCAACCAAGACAG